UCCUAGUUUCCUUCCAAAUAACAGCAUAUGCCUUACAAUGGAUCCUCCUCCACCCACAAACACUAAUUCUAACUAACUCUCUUACAAUUACAAUUGCACACGGAGAACAUAACCAAAUUAGAUUGUUAAUGGCUUGUGCAGCUACAAGACCCACUUUUUUAUUCCACUUCUCCCAAAUCUCACCUCCAAAACCCAAAAUUUACCUCACCAAAUCCCCAUUUCUUUCUCUCCAUAAACCCCAUUUUGUACUUCACUCCAUUGAUGUCUCCAAAGAAGACAAACCACCCAUCUCCGACCAGCCCACUACUCCUCCUCCACCGCCGCCACUAACUGAGGCGCCACCCGAAGCGGCGGAGACGGAGCAGACAUUUGAUGAGAGGAGGAUGGAGGAGAAAUUUGCCGUGUUGAACACUGGUAUUUACGAGUGCAGAUCGUGUGGGUACAAAUAUGAUGAAUCUGCGGGUGACCCAUCAUACCCAAUUGCUCCCGGAUUUCAGUUUGAGAAGCUGCCGGAGGAUUGGAGAUGUCCGACUUGCGGAGCUGCUAAGAGUUUCUUUGUGAGUAAGAGUGUUGAGAUUGCUGGUUUUGCUCAGAAUCAGCAGUUCGGAUUGGGAGGUAACUCGCUUACUUCUGGGCAGAAGGCUAUUUUGAUAUAUGGCUCCUUGUUUUUGUUCUUUGCUUUGUUCUUGUCUGGCUAUUUUUUACAAUGAUGAUCAGAAAUUUCUUUUUUCUGUAUUCUGCUUAUUGUAUUGUGUUUAGUUUUUAAUUAUGAUACUUGCAAAUAGAUUCAACUCA